GGGACAGGCGUCCCGCGCUUGCCUCCUGGCUGGCCUGGCCGCCUCCCGCAGGCAGCUGCUCGGUCCUUCCCUGGGAGCGCAUGCAUCCCUGCGCCCUGCCACGGAUCGCAUGACCAGAGACUCCCCGAAGAAGCCCUGACUCCCCAGGGUCCGGCAUACAUCCGGCGGCGAUGAACGCGAGCGCCACCUCGCUCAACGAGUCCCAGGUGGUGGCGGUGGCAGCCGAGGGGACGGCGGCGGCGGCCAGGGCCCCGGACCCAAGCGACUGGGGACCUCCUGCGGCGGCCGCGCUGGGCGGCGGCGGCGGAGCCAACGGGUCCCUGGAGCUGUCAUCGCAGCUGCCCGCAGGGCCGUCGGGACUUGUGCAGUCGACGGUCAACCCGUGGGACGUGCUGCUGUGCGUGUCGGGGACGGUGAUCGCGGGCGAAAACGCGCUGGUGGUGGCUCUCAUCGCGUCCACUCCCGCGCUGCGCACGCCCAUGUUCGUGCUCGUGGGGAGCUUGGCCACCGCCGACCUGCUGGCGGGCUGCGGCCUCAUCCUGCACUUCGUGUUCCAGUACGUGGUGCCCUCGGAGACCGUGAACCUGCUCACCGUGGGCUUCCUGGUGGCCUCGUUCGCCGCCUCGGUCAGCAGCCUGCUGGCCAUCACGGUGGACCGGUACCUGUCCCUCUACAACGCGCUCACUUACUACUCGCGCAGGACCCUGCUGGGCGUGCACCUGUUGCUGGCCGCCGCCUGGACCGUGUCCCUUGGCCUGGGCCUGCUGCCCGUGCUCGGUUGGAACUGCCUGGCUGAGCGCUCGGCCUGCAGCGUGGUGAGGCCGCUGACCCGCAGCCACGUGGCGCUGCUGGCCGCUGCCUUCUUCGCGGUCUUCGGCGUCAUGUUGCACCUGUACGUGCGCAUCUGCCAGGUGGUCUGGCGCCACGCGCACCAGAUCGCCCUGCAGCAGCACUGCCUGGCCCCGCCGCACCUCGCCGCCACCAGGAAGGGCGUGGGGACCCUGGCGGUGGUGCUGGGCACCUUCGGGGCCAGCUGGCUGCCCUUCGCCAUCUACUGCGUGGUGGGAAGCCAUGAGGACCCGGCUGUCUACACCUAUGCGACUCUGCUACCCGCCACCUACAACUCCAUGAUCAAUCCUGUCAUCUAUGCCUUCCGCAACCAGGAGAUCCAGCGCGCCUUGUGGCUACUGUUCUGUGGCUGUUUCCAAUCCAAAGUGCCCUUCCGCUCCAGGUCCCCCAGUGAGGUCUGAAGGGCUUUCACCCUCUGUGUCCCCUCACCGACACCACCACCCCAGCAAGCCAGCCUUUGGUGAGCUUAUUGGUGCCUGCAGAUGAACUCUGAGAGCCCAAUAGUGUGACUAGUGACUUAGAGGGGAUGAGGGGGAAAGAGAGACUAAACCUAAAGUGCAACAAACUCAGAGACAAAGAGGCUUGUUGGCACCUUACAUAUACAGUGUAUACAGGUGUACAUAUAUAUACAAAUAUUUGUAUCUUCUGAAGGUGUUUCAGGAUGUGGAGCUUCCCGUGCUGUGAAAAACUAACAAAAAGAUGUGGUUGCAUACUCAAAUUGUACAUCACAUGUGUCAAGCGAAGACAUUCCAAUGCCGCUUAAUAAUAGCACUUUAUUUUUAGCUGCUGAAAUGCCAAAACAGUGUUGCCAUUUUCAAGGGCAGGAGAAAGGGAGUAAAAAGUGUGUAUUUUUGUUGUAUGUGAUAGAAUAUUUUGCUGAACAUGCAUCAAUAAAUUACAACAUAUUUUGUACACAAAUAAACACAUUACAAAAGAUAAU